CGGAGGUUGUUAUUUCGACAUAAAGAGCAAGGCAGCUUUUGCUGCAAGUUUUCUAGGAUAAGAACUUGAAGACGACACCAGACUAGUCCAGAGCUACAGAGAGACAGUAUUAACACAGUCGUCCACAGAAAACCGACAAGAAAUACUAAAUUCAAAAGAGGAUACCGAAGUUUGUCGAGAAGUUCAAGUAUUUAGUGGUGAUUCUGUAGGUGUCCAAGAUGGCGGCUACCGUCCGAGAAUACAAGGAGGAAUUGAAGUACCUCAACAAACUGUCUGACAAUUGCUGGCAGAUAAAGAAAGGAUUUGUUGAUAACAUGAAGGUGGAAGGACGUUUUUAUGUCGAUUCAAAGUUGGAGAAGCUGAUGUUUGAAGAGCUGCAACAAGCCUGUAGAUCAAAAGGUGUUGGAGGUUUUCUACCAGCAGUUAAACAAAUUGCGAACGUAGCAGCACUACCAGGCAUUACUGGGUACUCGAUAGGACUACCAGACAUCCAUUCCGGUUAUGGCUUUGCUAUUGGUAAUAUGGCAGCCUUCGAUAUGUCAAAUCCAGAGGCUGUGGUAUCCCCUGGUGGUGUAGGGUUCGACAUCAAUUGUGGAGUACGUCUCCUGAGAACAAACCUGACCGAGAAGGAUGUCAAACCUGUCAAGGAACAACUCGCACAGUCUCUCUUUGAUCAUAUACCUGUAGGGGUUGGCUCUAAGGGUGUCAUUCCAAUGGGUGCCAAGGAGUUAGAGGAAGCUCUCGAGAUGGGAAUGGACUGGUCUCUCAGAGAAGGGUAUGCUUGGGCAGAGGACAAAGAACACUGUGAAGAAUAUGGUCGUAUGUUGCAAGCAGAUCCCAACAAAGUCAGCGCUAGAGCAAAGAAACGAGGGUUGCCACAGCUGGGAACACUCGGGGCAGGCAACCACUAUGCCGAGAUCCAAGUCGUGGAUGAGAUCUACAAUGAUCAUGCAGCUAAGAAGAUGGGAAUAGACCGGAAGGGUCAGGUCUGCCUGAUGAUACACAGCGGAAGCAGAGGACUGGGACAUCAAGUAGCUACAGAUGCCUUGGUGCAGAUGGAGAAAGCAAUGAAGAGAGAUAAGAUCCAGGUGAACGAUCGUCAGCUAGCCUGUGCUCGCAUCCACUCACAGGAAGGUCAAGAUUACCUGAAAGCCAUGGCAGCCGCUGCUAACUAUGCUUGGGUCAAUCGGUCAAGUAUGACCUUUCUCACCCGCCAGGCAUUUGCUAAACAAUUCAACACCACACCUGAUGAUCUUGAUAUGCAUGUAAUCUAUGAUGUCUCCCACAACAUUGCUAAGGUUGAAGAGCACAUGGUAGAUGGUGUUCAGAAGACUCUUCUGGUCCACAGGAAGGGAUCGACGAGAGCAUUCCCCCCUCACCACCCCCUCAUCCCGGUGGACUAUCAGAUGACCGGUCAACCCGUACUGAUCGGUGGGACCAUGGGUACAUGUAGCUAUGUAUUGACAGGGACCGAGACUGGCAUGGCUGCGACCUAUGGAACAACGUGUCACGGUGCUGGUCGAGCCUGGUCGCGUGCCAAGUCAAGAAGAAACCUGGAUUAUCAGACAGUGCUCAAGAACCUGCACGACUUGGGCAUCUCAAUCAGGGUCGCUUCACCUAAACUCGUCAUGGAAGAGGCUCCGGAGUCUUACAAGGAUGUCACCAGUGUUGUCAAUACAUGUCAUGACGUAGGCAUAAGCAAAAAGGUUCUCAAACUUCGACCGAUUGCUGUUAUCAAGGGUUAAACACCACUAUUCAGACUGCUCAUUUAUCAAAGACUAUCGUUACAACAAAUCCUAUGUCGGAGUACGUGUUACGUGGAUCUACAGAUGUUGAAGUCCAUACAGAAAUAGAGAGGAAGUUGAGGUGUGCUCAAAGUCGGAUGACAAUCAAGGACAAGCUUUACAUGAAAUCUAUGUGAAGAUUGAACAUUGAAGACGGAUUUGUAAUAUGUUGACACUUGACAGUACUUACCUUUACCGGUAAUCGUGUGCUUUGAUAAAGGCCAACACUGAAAAUGGUUCGUAGUGUGGAUGAAUGCAAUAGCAAGAUCAUGAUUGAAGGUAAACAGUAAAGUGUUUUUAUUUGUUAUUACCAUAUUUUCUUGUUUAUUAAAGCAUCACUAGAAAGAUGUGCACCAUAUAAGUUUGUGUCAUACUUCUAAGACAAGCAAUUGAUAGCUAAAUGUAUAUUGUGGAAGCACUGUCAGACCAUUGCUUUUAUGGACCCACUGGGAAAAGAUCUUUGUGAAGGCCCGAAUAGUCCAGCUUGUCCUCUUUAAAAACUUCCAGAAAAUAUCUUGUUACCUCGAUAACUUUCAAAGUAUUGAAGCAAAACAAAGCAAUCAACGAACAUACAGGUGGAAGCAUAUAAAAAUGUAGUUGCAUUCAUCAGUUUUUUUUAAUUUCUCUAUAUGUGUCAAAUUUACCUACUUGUUGUGUACUAUACAGUGUUAAGUACAUGUAGUGGAUGGUGAAUAGAUUGUACCACUCAGGUUUGCAAUGAUGAACACAAAAAGACAUUAUGGUAGUAAUGGUGAACAGAAAGAGAGCUAAACUAGAGGGGAACAACACAAAACAACUCGGCUCACUUUUUUCUGUCUGGUGUGGCACACUGCGAUUCAUAUUCUAUGAUGAGGGACUCUCGAUAUCAUUAGAAAAGAAGAAGAACCUGUGCUCUUUUAUGGAGCAGAAACUUAAAAAACGACAAGGCAACUGGAGUUUUAGCACAGACCGUAUUCUAUGUUUGAUUAAUGAUAGUGUGUAGCUUUUUUUUAAUGUCAUAUUUUUUUUUCCCUCAUGGGUCAGAUUGUAAUACAUGUAGUGCUGAUUACUGAACACAUAGAAUGUGGUCAAGUCAAGUGAAUUGUAGCCAUGAAGAGAACAAAAGAGAUACCAUUUCAAGUUUUGUAUGUCAGGGGAUUAGUAAAAAAAAAAAUGAGAAAAAAAUCUUUUAGAUUAAUGUGAAAUCUAUUAGUGCAUAGAUCUAUACCGGUAGGUGAAAAUGGUUCAAUUUUUAGUUUAAGAAAAGUUUAUAUUUUGCAAAACCGGUACUUCUCAUUUUCAUCAUUCAUAUUAUUGUUGAGUUCAUUACGCACUCUCAGUUGAAAGGGAUUUAAAAAAUAUUUUUUACAUGUACCAUAAAAUGGUAUCAAUAAUGAUAGUUUAAUGCACUUCUAUUGUGCCAUAUGUCCAGUUAUCUGUUUUACACGUACAUGAACUAUAUUUUCUCUGCUUUAGCUAACUGAAUUAAGCUUGUUGCUCUCUGGGAAUUCAAGGAUUGUCUUCCUCGCUGUAUCCAUUUACCUCAUCUGGGUUGAGUAGGAACAAGUGAAGUUGAUUAAAGUCUUCCCAAAUGAUGUUA